AUGCCGGCGCGACGCCCAGCUUGCGGAACCCUCGGGAUGCGCCCCGGUAGGAUAGUUUACCGUUAUAACUGUCAUACCUGUAAAGUCCAUUUCUCUUCGAGCACUAACCACGAGGCCCACCAUCUUGCAUUUCACCGCCCGUCAAACUGUACCUAUCUACCCAACCCUCCUUCAUUUUCCCGUUAUACGACGAACCGACAACUAGGUGUGCUCGCAGAGACCGUGUCACGCGAUCGUCUUGAACCUAUUCUACACUGCGUAGAAACGGGUUGCGCUUGUCCGCGCUUCGAAUUUUCCACCGAUGAGCGUAGCUCCGAGUCUUGUAUCGAGAAUGGAGCAAAGCCAAAUCUUGAUGGUGCAGCCGGAAGCACUUUGACUGGAGAAGAGCUCGAUGAUGACUUCGAGAUUGAGCCAACAGAGGUUAAACUCGUUCCCAAGUCUGGGGAAGAGGAGCACUCCAUGAGGAAACGCUUUAAUAAAGGCAAAUUUGGGCAUAAGCAGAAACUUCGUGACGAGGCUGCUGGAAGAGACCUUGAGUUCUUCAGGGCCUAUGAAGCUGCGGAUAGGGAUCUCUUUGGGCGGGAGCGGUUCGAGGAGCUAGAGGAUAGGGCAGACGCCGGUCCGGAUCCGAGACAGGGUGUGGGGGAUGAAGUGGACGGGGAGAAAAAUAGGGUAAAGCCACUCUCGGCGGGGGAGGAAAAGGCAAGGCUCGAUUCUUGGAAGCGUAAAGUUGGUCUUAAAGAUCUCCGAAGGGAGAAGGAAAAGCAGGACGAAGAGCUCCAGAAUGCUAUAGACUCGCUCAUAUUUGACACCGUUUUUGACCUUGAAGAAAAGGGCCAAGAGAGGAAGAGGGAGUCUAAAUCUAGGAGGGAGAAUAGCAGACUCCACUUUGAAGACAUGAUUGAGGAUAUGGCUCUAGAUCAUGAGCAGAGGAUUGCCGAGUGCGAGAGAGAAGAUCUAAGAAAAACACUGGGGAAGAAAAUGACCCAGGCUCUCGGGAGGGAACGAGAUGAGGAUAUGGUAGAUGACAUUGCCUUUGAUCAUCUGCAAGGUGUUGCGGAGGCAUCACGAGAGCAUAACCGGAGGAGAGAGGGUAAGAAGCAAGAGAGGGAUAGGAACAGGAUCAAGUUCGAUGAAACGGUAGAUAAUGCUGCCUUGGACCACCUUCAGGCGGUCGAGGAAAGGGACCGAGAGCACUUGCGGAGGGCCUUUGGGAAAAGAGAAACUCGUGGGCGGGCUGCUCAGCACUGGGAAGAUGUGGCUGAGACGAGCGUACUGGAUUAUUUCCAAGAGAUGGGUGAGGCGGAGCGAGAGAUGGAGAGAGGUGCUUUGGGAAGAGAACAGAACCGGAGACUAGCAAGAAUGAAGACAGAGAAUGAGAUCGAGGAAGCUGUCGCAGACCACUUUCAGGAAGUCGCCGAACGUGCCGAAGGAUGCAAGAGGCGUCAGGAUGGGAAACGUCAAACGAGAAGUAUUGCUAGGGAUUCGGUGGAUAUCGAGAUUGAGAACGCUACCAACAGCUCUCCAUGGAAGUCUGAGCUGAGGGUCGGGAAUUCAGCUUUAUCCGAGACCGAAAAAGCUGAUACUGAAAAACGAUCGGAAGCUUUCUUGAGUAGGUUUCAAUGUCAGGCAGACAUUCCGGGCACGGCCGCGGACCGUUUUUCCACACAAAAUGCUCAGGAGCGGGAUCGAAAGGGGGUUUCGCCCACCUAUCCCGUCUUCCGCUCCCCUGGAAAGCGCAAAUAUGAGGACGAAGAAGUUCAGGCUCAACCGGAGCACUCCAUGGAGGGCCCUGCUUCUACCACCGAAACCUCGAGGGCGAACCGUAGAAGAAAGAGGCCUAAAAGCUCUAAACAAAUGGAAUACGAUGCGAUGGUGGACGAAAUGGUUAAGAAAUUUGAAGCAAGUAAGCAUAGUGGGAAGAACCCUAAUGUAAGUAUUGAUCGUUGUUCCUGGUUUCUGUUUUCUCGAUGUGAGAGCCGUCAUUAGCUAACCCGACCGAAUGGUGACUCACGGGUAUAGGUGAUAUGAUCCACAGUAUGUGGCCUAUGGCAUCAGGGAAUAA